GUUUUAAUCUCGUCACUCAUCUCAUCUAUGAAAAUAUUUCAACUUUCAACGUACCGACUUCACGCUGAAGGAAAGUUAGCUUGUUCUUAUUUUCAUACCGAUUAAGACGCUUCCUUGUCUCGUUCACUUCCAAGGGCACCCCUCUCAUAUUACCGUACCUUACUACCGCAAAUGAUUCUAUAGUCAUGAGUCAGGAACCGAGGACACUAAAAUCCGCUUUCCAGGCCGCUGAGAAAAAAAGGAUAGCACUGGAGGGUACUUAUGAGACGAGCUUACCUGUCUACCAGGAAGAACUAGCCGAAGCUUUAAAUCUGUACCACGAAUGCAUUCAGAUCAUCAAUAAGAUUUCCUUAUUCAGUUCUAACGAAGAACUUGAGGAUGUCGCUACAUCUGAUCUCCCUUAUUUGCUAGUUAAUUAUCGCAUCGCCGAAUUACUUCAAAAAGCCUCAACACCAACCCCCUUAGGAAGAAAGACGGCGCUGAGGACGACUCGGGAGGCGUAUGAACAAUUUCUCCAUCUUCUUGACAACUAUUCGAUAUUAUCAUCAUCAGAAAGCAAGCUCUUUACUGAAUACAAUGAAGACCCCACAGCCUUCUCUACAAUAUCAACUGCCGACCCCGCGGUUAGACGGAAUGCUAAGAUAGCCAACUUCAAGAUGGAAAAGGAGUUGAAGAACAAGCUAGCGUACAUGCAAAACUCACCACGAUACUUGGAGGAUGGGGGAGAUGAAGAAGCUGUCCGUGAACUGUAUCUCACAAACAUCGCUUUCUGCACACAUAUGGCAUUCCAAGGCCUGGAGGGUAUCAAUCGGGAGAUGGAAAUAUUAGCGCAAGCGCCGAUUCCAUUGAUGCAGACAGAAUCGACGGUCGAAGACGAUGAGCGCCGUCGUAGGGCGUCGCUCAACAACGAAACAAACUCGGAGAGAUUAGAUCGACCCCUGAACAGUUUCCUGUCUUCAAACAAAGGCCCAAUUCUCAGCAAAGAAGGGAAGCCGUUGCGACCGUUUACCCUCACCUCUAAUCGACAAGAACUUCAGAGAGGUGUAUUUCGCCCUGGACAUAAUCUUCCUACCAUGAGUAUCGACGAGUACCUAGACGAAGAGCGAAGAAGAGGAAACAUCAUCGAGGGUGGUGGAGAGGCUAGCGGGAGACAGCCAGAGCCAGACGAAGAUAAUAUCGAGAAGGCGGAUGCUGAAACGAUGAAGGCACGAGAGUGGGAUGAGUUCAAGGAAGAGAACCCUCGAGGAAGUGGAAAUACGCUGAACAGAGGUUAAGAAAAUUUUGACAGUACAAUGACUGUAAUAUCCUGUGGCUUCAAUAUAACUACAUAAAGUAGUAGUCAUACAAUGAAAGGCGAC